AUGCAGUCGCUGUUGCAGUAUCGACGCGCUGGGGCUGCGGCUCAAACGCAGAUUGAUAGAGAUGUUGAUAAGGCGCGACAACAUAUGGCACCAACUGCGCCCGAGCGCGAUGUCGAAGCAGGAGGUCGCACGUCCUCGGAAGAGAAGGAGCAGCGGAAUUUAAGACGUCUGUUGUCGCGCAUCAGUGAAGGACAAUCAGUUGAAGAAGAUGCUCAAGAAGAAGCGAUGCAACGAACUGUUACAGCCGCAACCAUUCGACAAUACAUGUCUGGAGGUGCAGCCCUCGGUCAGGUUCUUACAGGUAUCCAAGUACGACCUCACAACAAUGCUGAGGGAAAAGAGGGAAAGGUUUUCGUGGUUAACUGGGAAGGCCCUGACGAUCCAUUGGAUCCUCACAAUUGGUCGGUUGGAAGACGUAUUGGAGUCACUCUACAAAUAUCCAUCAUUGCUCUCUUCGUCGGAGCAGCGUCUGGAAUCGAUGCUACAGUCCUUCCUCAGGCUUCCAAAUCACUUGGUGUCUCCGAGGUUGCCGAAUCUCUAGCUACAGGUCUCUAUCUGGUCGGUAUGGGUCUCGGUUCACUGGUAGCGGGACCUUUCUCCGAAACCUUCGGCAGAAACGCAGUGUACACCUUCUCCAUGGCAAUUUUCGCCAUUUGGAUAAUGGCAUCUGCCCUUGCACCUAACUUUGGCGCUCAAAUCGUUUUCCGAUUCCUUGCCGGGUGCUCAGCUUCCACGCCGCUAGUAUGCUCCGGAGGUUCCAUCGCAGACAUGUACAACAGUCUCGAAAAGACAUGGAGUUUUCCUCUUUACGCUGUCGCUGGCUUUGGUGGACCGAUGCUUGGUGCUGUAAUGGGCGCUUACAUCGGCCCUUCAGACGUGCUAGGUUGGCGCUGGGCUGAGUGGAUAAUGCUCAUCGCUUCUGGGCUCGUUCUUGUCUUGGUCAUUCUAUUCAUGCCUGAGACGUAUGGACCUCUUUUGCUUCAGUGGAAAGCAGCGCAUUAUCGACGAAUUACUGGUGAUGAUCGGUUCCGAUGCGAGCAUGAGAUUGCGGGCGCUAGCUUGUUCAGUCGUCUCAAAGUUAGUAUGACAAGACCGUUCCUCAUGUUGACGGAGCCUAUCAUCAUCGCCAUGACUCUGUACCUCAGUGUCUUGUACAUCGUCUUGUUCACGUUCCUCGUCGGUUGGCCAUACAUCUUUGAGAAGACCUAUGGCAUCAGUCAGGGCCUUUCCAACAUCAUCUUCGUCGCCAUGUUCCUCGGCACUCAGCUCAACUUCCUAUUCGUUCCCAUUGUGUACCGCAAGACUGUUCGGGCUUCGAGGGAAGGAAGUCACUUCAAGCCAGAAAUCCGCCUCUGGUACGCCAUGCUCGGUGCUGCAGUAGCUAUUCCGAUUUCCUUGUUUUGGCUCGGCUGGACCAACUAUUCGCAUAUCAGUAUCUGGUCAGCCAUUAUCGCCGUGGUAUUCUUUGGCUACGGUGUUACAGGCGUCUUCAUCUGUACCUACAUGUACAUCAUCGACUCAUACGAGAUUUACUCGGCCUCGGCUCUCACCUUUGUUGCCCUGACCCGAUACAUUGUCGCUGGAGGAAUGACUGUAGUUGGCAUCCCGUUCUACGAAAACAUGGGAACACACUAUACUCUUACAAUCAUGGCAUGCUUCGCGGUUCUGUUGGCAGCUAUUCCUUAUAUACUCUACAUUUACGGACAUAAGAUUCGGGCAAAGAGCAAAUACGCAUUCACACAUUAG